AAUGACUGUAAGGAUGGGGUUAAAUAUAUGCGUGCGAUGCACCUAGCCCAUAUCCGAAAACCAACUGACUUGCUUUGGAGGGUUUGUGAAAUUUUCAGCGACAGUAUUUUCUCUGCUCUCUCUAAAAGUUUUGAGAAGGUCAAGACAGUCUCGGUGCCGCUGUGCUACUCAGCGACACUCCACCCAUCUGGGAAGUGGCUGGUGACGGGGGGAGACGAUUUCAAACUGUACAAGUUUGACUACGAGGAGGAAAAGGAAGUUGAAUCAUACAAGGGUCACUUUGGACCAGUUCACUGUGUCCGCUACAGUCCGGACGGAGAGGUCUACUGUUCGGGGUCAGAGGACGGAACGAUCCGUCUCUGGCAACACUCUGUCGGGAAGAGCUACGGACUGUGGCGCAGCGCCGACGAGGUCGUUGCAUCUCGCAAUAACCAUAGCAACAACAGCAGCAAUAACAGACAUCCCUGCUGUUUCCUAGGGAACAGUACUGUAUAUUAUACUCAACGACAUCAUCACUCGCAGUUUUGUACAUAUAUACGAUAUUUUAAAUGCAAUCAAUCAAUCAAUCAAUUUUCAUAAGUAAGGUAACAGCAUUAGUUGUGAAAAGCCAUUAAAUUUUUUACCAUUUUGUUCUGCACAAGAACUCGCACUAACUGUUGAAGUCUAAUAUAGAAUUGCUUAUGUCAAAUCUCUACUAAUUGUCUGUGGUGUCCAACGUGUUCAGAGUUUCAGGUUCCCAUUCUCCAGUUCCAGUAUCAGUUCUGGAGUCAGUCUCACGUAGCGACCCUGGGACGGAUGAAGGAGAAACAGUGGGUCAGCCACGCGUCCCAGAUCGUACCCCUCCUCUCUCGCCCGCGUCUUCUUCAGUUUGAACGUGGAAGUGAGCGCCACGCUGCUGAUCAACCGGACGAAGAUAGGGACGGCAUAGCGCGGGAGCUCGACCGAUAGUUUUCGAUACAGGUCCGAUAUGUCCA